CGAGGGGCCAGCUGCUUUUUCUCACAAUUUGGUUUGUGCAGCAAGGGGAGGGUCCUCAUCAUCUGGCCCCAGUGGUGUAAUGAGCUGACUGGGAUUCAGUUGCUGGCUUGGAGCCGCUCCGGGGAAGUCCCGGUGGGUGAGGUUCCGCAGCGCCUGCUCUUGUUUCUCGGCAGUCGGGUAGGGGGGUAGGGGGGAAGGUGCGAACUGCCGGGGGCACGGAGCUCGCGCCCUGCGCCCCACCCAGGUUGUGGCUGCCCGGGGAGGAAGCGCGCAUAGGUUGAGUGCAAAGUUUCCUUUUUUGCUUUCUCGUCAGAGCAGCCCUCACAGGCGGUGGGUGGGAAUGCCUCACUUCACUUUGAAGAGGGUCGGGAGCCAAAGGGGUUAAAACAAGCUACUUCCCCACUUUCCGCCUCUCUAAAACGCACACUCCGCUAGCCAUGGGCAGCUGCGACCACCUGUUCAAAGUGCUGGUGGUGGGGGACGCCGCAGUGGGCAAGACGUCGCUGGUGCAGCGAUAUUCCCAGGACAGCUUCAGCAAACACUACAAGUCCACGGUGGGAGGGCAGGAGCGUUUCACCUCUAUGACACGACUGUAUUAUCGGGAUGCCUCUGCCUGUGUUAUUAUGUUUGACGUUACCAAUGCCACUACCUUCAGCAACAGCCAGAGGUGGAAACAGGACCUAGAUAGUAAGCUCACACUGCCCAAUGGAGAGCCCGUGCCCUGCCUGCUCUUGGCCAACAAGUGUGAUCUGUCCCCUUGGGCAGUGAGUCGGGACCAGAUUGACCGGUUCAGUAAAGAGAACGGUUUCACAGGUUGGACAGAAACAUCCGUCAAGGAGAACAAAAAUAUUAAUGAAGCUAUGAGCGUCCUCAUUGAAAAGAUGAUGAGAAAUUCCAGAGAAGAUACCCUGUCUUUGUCUACCAAAGGGGACUACAUCAAUCUACAAACCAAGUCCUCCAGCUGGUCCUGCUGCUAGAAGUGUUUGGCUUAUUUUCCAUCCCAGUUCUGGGAGUCCUUCUCAAUCUCUUCCCUUUGGUUGCCAACCUGGCAAUUUUUUAAAUACAUUUGAAUUGUCUCCUGACUGCUGUCCAGGAAGGAGGCCCAUUGUCACUUGGAAAAGACACCUGGGACCCAUGUGCAUUUCUGCAUCUCCUGGAUUCGCCUUUGACAUGCUGCUGGCUCAUGUUAGUUCCAGUUAGUGCCUUCUGUGUAAGAUCAUCUCAUCAUUCCUCCAUCUGUGAUCUGGAAUUUUGUGAGGAGGAUAAGAAAUCAGCACCUGCGUUUUAGAGAUUAUAAUUCUCACCUACUUUUGAGCUUAUUUUUCUAUUUGGUAUGCAUUGAUAUCAUGACUUCCAAUUGAGAGGAAAAUGAGAUCAAACGUCAUUUCCCAAAUUUCUUGUAGGCCAUUGCUUUCAGAUUCUUUCUGUCUUGGAAUGGAAACAUCUGAUUCUGGAAUGAGGAAGGAGUGGGUGUGGAUAUCUAUGGAUUUUUGGCUACUAGGAGCUACCCAGAAGUCCCUGUAUUUUUGAAACUUCUAAAGUCAUAAUUAAGUUUCUCUUGUCUUGGCAUCAAGAAUGGUCAAGUUUUUUGGAUGGGCAUGGUAACUCAUACCUGUAAUCCCAACAUUUGGGGAGGCCGAGGUGAGUGGAUCACUUGAGGCCAGGAGUUCAAGACCAGCAUGGCAAAACCCCAUCUCUACUGAAAGUACAAAAAUUAGCUGGCCUUGAUGGCAUGCAUCUGUAGUCCCAGCUACUCUGGAGGCUAAAGUGGGAAAAUUGCUUGAGACUGGGAGGCAGAGGUUGCAAUGAGCAAAGAUCAUGCCACUGUACUCCAGCCUGGGCAACAGAGCAAGACUCCGUCUCAAAAAAAAAAAAAAAAUAAUAGUCAAAUUUUAAACUACCUAUCUCAUGCAAUGAGAGCAUUUUCUUCCACAAAGAGCUUAGUUCUCAUGAUAGGGUUGUCUGGUGUCUCCCGUUUCCAGGUUUCUGGGCUGAUGUCUUAAUGCAUAAUACUGCAAGUGACAUCAGUUGGCUGUGACACUUCGAAAUAGGUCUGCUCCUCACAGCUUUGGGAAUCUGAAUGGAAGAAGAAAAGGGAGAAGUUAACAACCUCCACUGGGGCAACUUUGGGAGCACUUAGACCCUUAGUCAUAGGAAACAAAUAUUACAUGGAGGCCCUGGCCUUGGGGAGGAAAGUGAAGAGACAGAAAAUCAUUUGGUAAUUUAAGCACUAAAUUGGGCAGGGUUUUGUAGUAUCAAGUCACUAUGAGACAGUUUAAUUUGUUAAAUUCUCUCAAGGGUGGUGAUUUAUAACCUGCCCAAAGGUGUUGAUAUUCUUAGUAAACUCAGAGGCCUGAAGUUCUUUGAUAGACCUUAAAUAAGUGUCCUAAGUCAGGGUUCCCAAAUCUGGCUGGUCAGAAAUACCUGGGAAGUUUGUUAACAUUUUUAAAAAUGUUUUAAGAUUUUUGGGUCCCAACCUCAAAUCUACUGAAUCAAAAUUUCUAGGGAUGAAACCUAGGAAUGUGUUGUUUUCAGAGCUUCCCAGGUGAUUGUGAACAGCCUGUUUUGGGAACCAUUGCUGGAGAACUUGGUAAAGAUACAAAGACCCAGACCUUUUGUAUUUACAUUUAAAUACAAAUCCUGGGUUUCUAUAUACUCUGUUAGCUCUUUGCUGACUCUGCUACACACGAGACUUUGAAAACUACUGUCCUAAGAAAGAGAUCAGAGGCCACAUAUCAGAGAAAGGGGCAUCAAAUCUCGGUGGUUUGUUGUGUGGUUUUUUAAUGCCAGUUAUUUUCACUUGCACAGUCUUCUGAAACCUUGUAUUAGUAGUUCUCUUUGGUAUUACCAUUUUCAGAUGGGGCUUUGAUGACUAUGAUUCUGAAGAUAACAGUGGAGUAGCAAAUUUCAUUGAUAUGAAGAGAUAAUUGAUUUUCAUUCAUUGGUUUGAACACCUGCAAAAUCACAAAUAAAUGAGAACUAAGUCUUGUAUUCAUGGUA